AUGUUGCCAAUAUUAUUUUCAACAUUUGUUCUCAUAAAUCUUUUUUUAUCAGGAUCAUCUAAUAAUGAUUUAAACUGUGAUUUUAAUACGGCAUGUUGUUGGAAAGAAUCAACACCAAAUCCAUUUGUAAAUGAUAUAUUGGCAUCAGACAUAAUUGAUCUCAACUGGUAUCAUAGAACAUUUAAAGUUGGAAAAAGUAAACCACCACCAGCUAAAAAUUAUUUACUUAGAUCAGUUGCUUCAAAUACUACAGCUACUCCAAUUUAUCAAUCAUGUCCAUUUUGUAGUGAAAAUGGAAUUGUUAAUAUUGAAUUUAGACAUUGGCAAAGCCCAUCAACAAAAUUUUAUAUCUGUUUUAAGGAAAUCAAUAAACCAGUUGAAAAAGAAAAUUGUGAAUUAGUAAAUUAUAUUUUACAAUCUAAACUUGUUGAUGUUGAAUUUGAAAUUGAAAAAAAGAAAAAAACAGAGUUGGUAUUUAUGAUAUCAAAUCCAUCAAUUUAUUCUGAUUCAAUUGUUAUGAUUGAUCAUAUUAAUGUAAGAACUGCUUAUUGUGGUCUUAAUAUUAAAACUUUACCAAAAAUUGUUAAACAAGAAACUAAACAAAUAAAACAACAAAAUGAUGAUGUUUUUGUAGCACCAAAAAUAGAAAUACCUCAUCAUCUUACAGAAGUUAUACCAGCAAAAGAUGAAAUUGAAACAAUAACACCAAAAAAACCUAUAACUCAAAGUGAAGGUAAAAAAAUUUUAACUACACAAAAACAGGUUUCUCCCGAAAUAUCAAUUUUAAAUCCUUCUGAAAAUUUAAUGGCACAUCAAAUACCAGAUAAUAAUAUUAAUUCUCCAAAAAAACCAUAUCAACCAUCACAAAUAGUUGGAAAAAAAACAAUAUCUUUAACAACAAUACCAACUCCUGUUUUUACUUUUCCAACUUUACCCCCAUCACUUUCUGCAUUAACUGCAAAUGGUGGAGGAAUAUUUUCAUUGUUACCAACUUCAUUUCAACCAAUGACACCUGAAUUUACAGGUUUUAAUAUUAAACCAAGUAAAGUACAAAAAGUAACAACAGCAAAAGUUUUAAUACCAAAUUUAGAAGUACAAAAAGUUGAAAAUGACAAAAUUUUAGAUAAUAAAAAAAUUAAUAAUCUUGAAGCUAAAUCAGCACCAACAGUAACAUUACCAAUAGAUUCUAAAAAAAAUAAAAAUAAUGAUGGUAAUCCUUUUGUUGAAAUGUUUGGUAAGGAGUUUGCUGAUUUCUUAGAUCCUGCCUAUGAAACAAAUACUGAUGAAGGAAAAGAUAAUAAAAUAAAUGAACAAAAUAUUUCUCAAAAUAAGGUAAAUGUUGGUACAGAUAAUGGAAAAAAACAAAAUAUUCAAGAUGGUGUAUUAGGUAUAUUUGAUCCAAGAAAUCAGGUUUGUAAUACUAUUGGUGGUUGCCUUUUUGAAAAAUCACUUUGUUCUUAUCAUAAUGUUCCUGACUUGGCGAAUGGAGGAGAAUUCAAAAUUGCUACUGUUGGAAAGUCACGAUUUAUUGAAGCAAGAUUAAAUCCUGGUCAGGUAGCUGUUUUUGAAAGUAAUACAAAUAUGAUGGAAGAUCAUGUUGUUAUGUUUGAUGUUCUUGAAUGGGUUGAAGGUGAAAAAUUAAGUGGUUGUUGUAUUGUACCAAAUCGUCAACCUAAUGAAAUGAUUUGUCCUUAUGAAUCAUCACUAUUUCAGGGUCCAAUAGAAUGGAAGGGAGGACAAAUGGUUUGCCCAAAAGGAACAACCAUAAUAAUGUUUAUUUGUGAAAAUUAUGGAAGGAAUAAAGGUGUCUGUGCAAUUGAUAAUAUUCGUCUCCACAAAACAUCUGAUAUAUCAAGAAGUGAACCAUGUCAGAAGGAAUAUUUAAUGAAUAUAUAA